UGUGGAAUGAUGUUCAGAGUUACUAGUUUGAGGGGAGUAAAUUAAACGCUUCUGUUUUAUAUAAUUCUUCUAGAAGGAUUUUAUUCGAAACGUGGGAUUUUUUCAAUCUUUUAGCCAACUUAUUCCAAAUAUAAUGAUUUAAAUUAAGAUCCGAUGACUAAGGAGACAAUGGACAACAUACAGGGAGGAUUUACGUUUCGGGUGGCACGUAGCCUAGUCGAUGUCAUUAAAAGUGGGAAACGUGUCGUAUCAUCGUGGUAAUCCGCGAUAAUAACUCAUUAUCGACUUUAAACGUGACUGAAAAACGUACCAGUGAGCUUCGCAAUGACAGUCAGACCCAGUGAGAACAUGUUCAUCCUUUUGAUGCUGUUCACUGCGCUUAUACCUUCUGUUGUACAUAGCAAUUAUUUUGGACUGAACAGUGAAAAAAAUGACCAGUGCUUCUGCAAGUUGAAAGGUUCCAUCGAUGAUUGCAGCUGCAAUGUGGAUACGGUAGAUUAUUUUAAUAACAUGAAAAUUUAUCCAAGACUUCAAAGUCUUCUAGUCAGAGAUUACUUCCGGUUUUAUAAAGUGAAUUUAAAACAAGAAUGCCCGUUUUGGCCUGAUGACAGUAAAUGUGCUAUGAGAUAUUGCAGUGUACAACCAUGUCAAGAUGAAGACAUUCCAGAUGGGUUAAAAGGAGAUAUGUUAAAACAUAUUCAUUUCAACGAAAGUCCUGUAGAUAAAUAUAAAUUCAGCACUCAAUACGAUAAUUGUCUGCACAGUGCUAAAGAUCAUAACAAAGAGCUUGGUUAUUUAAAUACAACCAUUAGUUCAGAAAAUUAUAAAGAUUUUGAGUUGUGGCAGCAAUAUGACGAUGCUCAAGAUAAUUUUUGUGUAAAAGAAUCUAGUCCAGGAGAAUAUGUAGACCUUUUGCUCAACCCUGAGAGGUAUACAGGCUAUAGAGGAUCCAGUGCACAUAGAAUAUGGCGCAGUAUUUACAUGGAAAAUUGUUUUAGACCAGAAAAUUCACCUCACAAUUUUAUUCAAUCUUCAAAAAUAAAUGGGAUGUGCUUGGAAAAGAGAGUUUUUUAUCGUGUUAUAUCAGGUCUUCAUGCUAGUAUUAACAUUCAUUUAUGUUCGAAAUACUUAUUGUCAUCAACAGACAGUCUAGGAAUACUGCCCACUGGUGGUCAAUGGGGGCCUAAUUUAGAUGAGUUUAAAAAUAGAUUUUCACCUGAAACAACUGGUGGUGAAGGUCCAAAUUGGUUAAAAAAUUUAUACUUUAUUUACCUACUUGAACUAAGGGCUGUAGCUAAAGCUGCACCAUAUUUAGAGCGAGAAGAAUAUUAUACCGGCAAUAAAGUACAAGAUAACGACACACGUCUAGCAAUAAAUGAUAUUUUAAGUGUUGCUAAGUCAUUUCCAGAACACUUCAAUGAAAGUGUCAUGUUUACUGGUGGAGCAGAAGCUAAACUUUUAAAAGAGCAAUUCAAGCAACAUUUCAGAAAUAUCUCCCGCAUUAUGGAUUGCGUAGGAUGCGACAAGUGUAAACUUUGGGGAAAACUUCAAAUACAAGGGUUGGGUACAGCAUUGAAAAUUUUAUUCUCAGGAAAAUUCGAUAAAUGGGAACCAACAUUACAUAACUUUCAUAGAAAACAGUUCUUCUUAGAAAGAAGCGAAAUUGUUGCUCUAAUAAAUGCUUUGGGAAGAUUAUCAGAGAGUAUCUAUGAAUUGGAUAGAUUUAGACAAAUGUUAAGAUAGCAGGGUAAUAACAUGUAAUUAUGUAUUUACUACAAGAGAAACAUCACACAAAUUAAUUAAUAUAAUUUAUGUUUAAGCGAUAAGUUUGUCAAAUAACUGAUUUGAAUCAGUUACAUGUUACUU